UGCUGUAGCCGAACCGCAAUCGCCGCAGAGGCCGCACAAGCCGAAUCCACCCCAAGCACGAUCGCACGACUGCUCCAACAGCUAGCGACGCUUCAGUUCUACGCUGAACUUCGAACGGGUCGGGACCAACGAGUCGCGGACGGUGCUGUGUGUGUGUGUGUGUGAGAUCCUCCAAGUGUUAAAACGCUGCCGACUUCCCUCAGCAGUGAGCCUAGAUGCCCCCAGGGUUUGCUGAAAAGCAGUGGGGCAUUACAUUCAGUGCGUGAUAUCUUUGUAGAGCAAAUCGUUUGUGGCCGGUGCAGUUUGCGCGUCCAUGACGUUCCGGCGGACAGUUUGGUGCGCGCGUACGACCAUCGACCUCGGCGCGCAUUGCGUGCGCCAUUAACAGUGUCACGGUUUAAGUGAACUCAAUCAACGGGCCAGCUUUAGUGGCCGGCUAAGUGCAGUGCCAGCGGUGCUCUUAUCAAACCGUCAUAAUCAUGCUGAUAGCGUCCCAGCUCGCCCUGUGGGGGCUGGCGUUGAUAGGCGUGUGGGCAUUGGCCUGGUGGAUGUACGAUAAUCUAAAAUCGUUGGCCCAAAUUGGUGUCGCCCUGCUGGCUCCCUACUUUGCCCCGGCGGAACACAAAACGCUUACCGAGCGGUAUGGAAAAUGGGCCGUCAUUACCGGCUCGACCGAUGGCAUCGGCAAGCAGUACGCUUUCCAGCUGGCGAGCCGUGGCCUCAACGUCGUGCUAGUCUCACGCUCCACCGACAAGCUGGUCGCGGUGGCGGCCGAAAUCGAGUCCAAGUACUCGGUGAAGACCAAAUGGAUCGCGGUCGACUUUAGCAGCGGGCGCGAGAUCUACGAUCACCUGCGCAGGGAGCUCGAAUCGGUGCCGGUUGGCAUUCUAGUAAACAACGUCGGCGCGAAUGUGGACUACCCGGACGAUCUUGAUCACAUUCCCGAGGACAAGCUGUGGCAGCUGAUCAACAUCAACGUCGGUGCGGUAACGAUGCUGACGCGCACGGUCCUCCCGGGCAUGAAGAAACGCGGCCAGGGCGCGAUCGUUAACAUCUCGUCCGGUAGCGAGCUUCAACCAUUACCGUAUAUGACGGUUUAUGCGGCAACCAAGGCUUACAUCCACAACUUCACCCUCGCGAUGCAGCAAGAGCUGGAACCGUUCGGUAUCACCUGCCAGCUAGUGAGCCCCAUGUUUGUAACGACCAAGAUGAACAACUUCUCUACGACGAUUAUGGAGGGUGGACUGUUCAUACCAAACGCAGAAAUGUACGCCAAGUUUGCCACAUUUACGCUCGGUAAAACGAAGCAAACUACCGGCUACUGGUCGCACGGCAUACAGUACGGCGUGAUGAAGCUGGUCCCGGAGUGGAUCCGCACCAUGAUCGGGGGCAUGAUGAACAAGCAGUUCCGAAAGGAGUACUACGACCAGCAGCAGAAGCCAGCCCUGGCUAGUUAAGGGGGGAGGCAAGGAGCUAUUUUACCUAGCCGUCCGAGUUGAUGGACGAUGUGUUGAUGCAUUUGUAGUUUGUUGGGGGUGGCGUUCUUGUUCUUUGCUAGCUAUAAGCCUCAACAUGCUUAAGUAAGUAUUAAUCUGUCGUUGUUGUUCACCACCGACAAACCGACGUGACACUGGCGUUACAAAAGUGUCUCACACGAAAGUAAUAUACUUUACCAGUGAGGC